AUGUGUAUGCAGAUCUACCACAGCUACGCCCGCUGCCCGUGCCAGAUCCGCCGCAUCUUGUACCGCUGCAAGCUCGACGACGAGGCCAAGUGCCGUUACGUGCGCAAGCACGUCGUGGACUCCGGUCUCCCCUUCUGCUCGUACCACAGGGUGGUCGCCCGGGACCGCAAGGGCCGCCUCCGCCGCUACUGGGACGCCCGCGGCCGCAAGCUCUGGCCCGCCCCCAAGCCGCGCCCGCUCCGCCGCAGCACGUUCUCCCGCGCUACGGUCGCUGACACCGAGUGCUUCCCGCAGGAACACCACGAUCCGUACGAUUCUUCCUCUUGGGAGGACGGCAUGGAUACGGAUGAGUCCGACGGUGAUGACGACUGGGACUUCGACGAGGUUCCUGGCCUUCGCGUGGUUGGUGAGGAUGUGCCUAGCUCCGGAGAGGAGUACACGGGCGACGAGAUGGACAUUGACGGUUGAGAGUGCGAUGUGCUAAGAAGAGGAAAG